AUGGCUUCAUCGGCGGGAGAUCCUCCCGCUACAGCGAGCGAGAACAGAGGGAUGGAAACCGAUACCCCGCAGCCAGCUGCCCCACGUUGGAGACGGCUCUUUGAACGAAAGCCCAGAGAAGCGGCCAGCUCCAGCGAAGAUCCGAACUACCGUGCGAAAUCGACGUUGGGAAUUCUCAGUGACAGACAGACCGAUGAAGUACCUGGAACGGUACUUCUUCUAUCCUCAAAUCGGAAUGAGCCUCUGGGAAUGAGCCAUCAACCCGAUCGGACAUCGACAUCGUCUUUUUCCUCGUCAUACCGCCCAUCACGAUCGAACUCUCGAACCCGUGUGCCCGUACAAAAGAGGACAGCAGAUGGUCAAUUCGUACUAGAUCCCCAGCCAGACGAUUCCGUGAACGACCCGCUGAAUUGGCCUGUAUGGCAGAGAGAUGCUUCGCUGCUCUCGCUGGGCUUCUAUUGCCUCAUGGGAGGUGGUAUGACACCCAUCCUAGCAGCUGGGUUCACCGAUGUUUCAAACACAUACAACGUCAGUACACAGAAAGUUGCAUUCACCACUGGCUUUUACAUGCUUGGUCUGGGUCUUGGAUCUUGUGUCAUGUCGCCCACGGCUAUUCUGUAUGGGAAGCGGCCGAUUUAUCUUCUGGGGGCUUCGCUCUUCGUGAUAUCGGCUAUAUGGUGUGCGGCGUCGCCAAAUUACCCCAGUCUGGUGAUCGCUCGCAUCUUCCAGGGAUUCGCAGUGAGCCCCGUCGAGUGUCUUCCGUCGGCUACCAUCGCAGAAAUCUACUUCCUGCACGAAAGAGCUUACCGGGUGGGAAUUUAUACUCUUCUUCUACUUGGUGGAAAGAACCUCAUUCCCCUCGUGAGUGCUGCCAUCAUCGAAAGUCUGAGUUGGCGCUGGGUAUUCUGGAUUGUCGCAAUCAUUGUCGGCGCAUGUCUGGUAUUACUAUUUUUCUUUGUACCAGAAACUUUUUGGGACCGCACUCCUCGGCCCCGCGUGCACAAGCCCAAGAGACCACGCAUGGGUGGCCGCAGCGUUUCCGAUAUUGUGUCUCAUGGUUUCCGCGGGCGGCGCCCCCAUGCCCACACCACGGAGGAAAUUACAGAAGCAGACCAAGAUCCGACCUUGAACCCCAAGCGAUCCAAGCAUGCGCAUGUUGGUUUCGUGGACGAUGGGACCCCUGAAAUUGAGAUCGAGAAAUCAAACUUGUCUGAGGGUGACCAAAUCAACGCGCAUCCUCUCGCUACAGUCAAUGAAAAGGAUGAUGAUUUCAUCCAGCAACCGCCCAAUACUUUGGCACCUUCACACCCGGUCGACUUGGAAUCUGCGCGCUCGGUCGCCGUCUCGCCAGCGAGGACCGAAUCGCAAGAACCCAGCGGAACACCACUGACUGCGACACUGCAAUACACGAACCGGCUCCGCGAACGCCCGAAGAUUCCAUACUCGCAACUUCUGGGCAUUUGGAAUGGAAGAAUUACACAAGACAACUGGUUCCGAGUUGCAGCCCGGCCAUUCGUCCUAUUCGCGUAUCCAUCCGUCCUCUGGUCAACAGUCGUGUACGCCUUAUCCGUCGGCUGGCUGAUCGUGCUCUCAGAAUCAGUCGCACAUAUCUUCGAGGGCAAGGCGCAUUACAAUUUCACCGCUUUGCAAACCGGUUUGAUUUACAUCUCGCCCUUUGUUGGCGGUCUCCUGGGGACAGCAGUGGCAGGCAAAGUGUCCGAUGUCAUCGCCCAGUACUUAACCAAACGGAACGGCGGGAUCUACGAGCCUGAGUUCCGGCUCGUCAUGGCAAUCCCCAUCGCCUUGUCGACUGUCAUCGGUCUGAUGGCGUUUGGCUGGAGUGCCGAGCUUGGAGAUCACUGGAUCGUGCCUACUAUUUUCUUUGGUAUGAUUUCAUUUGGCUGCUGCCUGGGCAGCACGACAGCUAUCACUUUCUGCGUGGACAGUUAUCGCCAAUACGCUGGCGAAGCACUUGUCACCUUGAAUUUCAGCAAGAACGUUCUUCACGGCCUUAUAUUCUCGUUGUUCAUCGUGGAUUGGCUCGAGUCUGAUGGUUCCAAAACCGUCUUCCUUGCUAUCGGUGGUAUUCAAUUAUUCUUCAUGCUCAUGUCGAUUCCCAUGUACAUUUACGGCAAGCGAGCUCGCAUGUGGACUGUUCGGAAGCGAUUGAUGGAACGGCUCUGA